AUGAUUGAGAGGAAGAGACGUCGAUCUCGGAGCCCUGAGGUUAGAGUGAGUGUCCCUUGCGCUGACAGAGACAGUCAGUUCUCAGCAACACAACAACUGCGCCCAGGUGUAGAUCUUGCGAACAAGAGUUAUCUCGAGACAGAUGCUUCUCGUUUCCAGAGUCCCGCCCAACAAGAGGAAGAGGAUCGACGACUUGCCGAGCGCCUACAAGCAGAAGAGGACCUUCUCUUUGCAGAGACUCAAUCACGGAAUUACCCAUCUGCGACUCAGGCUUUGCACAAGGAUGACCGCCAGUCAGCUGCUGGCUCUAGGAGUGAUCCCGUCGACUUGGAUCUCAUCACAUCGUCCUCAGCAUAUCCACGCGAGGUUCGCAAUCGUUUAAUUGGAAACCAAAUCGGUAAACAAGGAUACAAACCUACCCUUUUUCAAAGUAAGACGGACGAUGCGGCCAUGGCCCUCCAAUUGCACAAAGAAGAACGCCAAGCGCAGGAAGAAAGAAACCGCCAGGCGGCCUUGCAAAAUCACGACUGUGCUGUCUGUGGCGACAACACGCUUCUCAUCGCGCUACCUUCUCUCUCUUCUUGCUCACAUCAACCGGAAGCAUGUGGCGGCUGCUACGCCUUAUGGAUCGCCUCCCAGCUCGAGGCCAAUGGCUGGCAGGAAGUCAAAUGCCCCGGCAUGUCAUGCAAAGUCAACCUAACCUACGAAGAAAUCAAAGCCUUCGCUAGUGAAGACGUGUUCGAGAGAUACGACACCUUCAAAGCCCGCGAUGCGCUUGCCUUGGACCCCAACUUUCGAUGGUGCAGAGCUGAAGGCUGUGCAUCGGGACAAAUCCAUGACUCUGAAGAGGUCGGCAAUACUUUCAUCUGCGUCGAAUGCGACGCCCGAUUCUGCCUUGUCCACGAAGGUACGUACCACGACGACGAAACCUGCGAAGCGUACGAGUACCGCACCAGCAGACAGGAAGAGCGUGAUGAGCGGAAAAGGGACGAAGAGGCAAGCGAGGAGGCAGUCGGAAAACUGACAAAGAAGUGUCCCAAGGAGACUUGCGGAAGUCCCAUCGAGAAGAACGGCGGCUGCAAUCACAUGACCUGCUGGAAGUGCCAGCACCACUUCUGCUUCGUCUGCCUGGGAAGCCAUUGGAAUCGUUGCGGGCAUUUGCAUGCGUAA